AUGACCAAAUCUCGGGGUAGGGCGACCAUCAAGGAGGCGGAGCAGUUCACCUUGCUCCGCCAGCACGUCGAUAGGCCCAUGCAUGGCGUAUUCUUUUGCCACGUGGAGGAGCAGAGUCUGUCCGUUCAGCUGACUUUCUCUUUCUUGAAGUCGGCUGGCUUGAUGUCCGAAAUGGAAGCUAAAGUGGAAUUGAGGUUCAAAAGAAAUGAAGCAUAUCUCCAGAACAUAGCUUAUAAUACCGUCCCCAUGAUAAUCCAUGGGAAUGGCCAAAGUAAAGUAAUUCUGAACGCUCUUGGAAAUUAUCUCGCUAGAGCGUGGAGUCCGGAGGAGGGAUGUCUGAACUGCCGUGACGCCAUCACAGAACUUCCUAAUGACCAUCAGCAAACAUAUCCGCCUAUACUCAUCGCAAUAUUCAUCGAUAGACCUACGCCUUUCCUUGAGGAAUUGUUCGAAAAAAUCUACCAACAAGUUUACCCAAAGUCUAAACUGCAUCUCUUCAUUCAUAAUAGUGAACCUUACCACGAUUCUGUUGUUCAGAAAUUUAUUGACAAUGGUGGAAGUGAAUACAAAAGUAUAAAGAUUAUCAAUUUUAAUGAUCAUAUUGGUUUCUCUGCUGGUAAAACUCUUGCCAUGCAAUAUUGUUUGUCGAAGGACUGUUCUGGUUACUUCUCGGUGGAUUCUGUGGCCCAUUUAGAUAACACAUAUACACUCAAACUUCUAGUGGAACAGCAAAGGGGUAUCGUUGGACCUCUUCUAGUCCGAGAAGAACAGACUUGGAGUAAUUUCUGGGGAGCUGUCGCUGAUAAUGGAUACUAUGCUCGAAGUACUGAUUACAUGGAUAUUAUUCAGAAUAAAAGACGGCCAAUCGUUGCAACGAAGCCUGAUGUCGUCCUCUUCCAUGUUGCUGACAAGAUCAUCUAUGUAAUUGAGUUCUCAGCUCCAGCUGAGAGCAAUAUCACGGUGAAAGAAGAGGAGAAAUAG